AUGGCGUCCAUCAAUCAACUCCCGAUUGACGGCGAAGGCGUUUGCAUGAUAUGUAAAGAAACGCCGUCACAGGAGAAGAGAGUCACCUGUGUUACGUGUGUAACGCCCUGGCACAUAGAUUGCCUGGAAAAUCCACCUGUUACGUUAUCGUCCGUCGUUAACUUCGAGUGUCCUGACUGUGCCGGGACAGGUCUCACAGGGGUGGCUGCGCCGCCGCCUGCCACCGCAGGCGGAGAACUAGUGGCGAAGAUUCGGGAGAUCGAGGCGGAUACGUCGAUGACGGAAGAAGAGAAGGCGAAAAGGAGACAAGAGAUAGUCAGUGGAAAACAACAUCAGAAUAACGAAAAUGAAGAAGAUGAGGAGGAAGAAAAAGAUGUGUUGGCUGUGCUUGGUGAAAGCAUCAAAUGUCCCUUUUGUUAUAUGCUUCCAGAUAGGCCCGUAACGUCAUCCUGUGGACAUAACUUCUGCUUAAAGUGCUUUAAAAAGUGGAUUGGCCAAGGUAAAGAUAAAUGUGUCAAGUGCCGUAGUCAAAUUAGUCGCCAAAUGAUUGAUCAACCUCGUAUAAACUCGGCAUUAGUGACUGCCAUAAGAAUGGCGAAGGAAUCGAGAAAGAAUAAUGCCCCUAGAAGGCCUCAACCAGCCUAUAAUCAGAUGAGUGAGGAAGUUCGUCCUGAUAAUCCAUUUAUCCGGGAAGGAGCGGCUAAAAGAGCUGGAAUGGCUAAUGCAUCAAGCGGGAGAAUAUUUGUUACGAUCCCUUCGGAUCAUUUUGGCCCAAUAUUGGCAGAGAAUGAUCCGGAGAGAAAUCAAGGUGUUUUAGUAGGGGAGUCGUGGACGCAUCGGUUGAAUUGCAGGCAAUGGGGUGUGCACUGGCCCCAUGUGGCCGGAAUUGCUGGACAAGCAAAAUAUGGUGCGCAAUCUGUGGUGCUCUCAGGUGGAUACGAAGAUGAUGAGGACCAUGGAGAAUGGUUUCUCUACACGGGAAGUGGGGGAAGGGAUCUAAGUGGAAACAAACGAACAAAUAAGGAUCAAUCAUUUGAUCAAACAUUCACCAAUUCCAACGAAGCUUUGCGAGUCAGCUGCCAAGAAGGUUAUCCAGUUCGUGUUGUUAGAUCCCACAAAGAAAAGCGUUCAUCCUAUGCUCCACAGGAUGGUCUUCGUUAUGAUGGUGUAUACAGGAUAGAGAAGUGUUGGAGGAAAAUGGGAAAACAGGGGUACAAGAUGUGUAGGUACUUAUUUGUGAGAUGUGACAAUGAACCUGCCCCGUGGACGAGUGAUGAGCUUGGGGAUAUGCCUCGGCCCUUGCCAGAAAUUCCUGAACUUGAAGAGGCACUCGACAUUUUUGAGAGGACCCGCAGUCCUUCAUGGGAUUAUGAUGAGGAAGAAGGCAGGUGGAAGUGGAAGAAGCCACCACCGCCAAGCCAACAAAGAGUAACUGAAGGAAGUUCGACGGAUGGGAAGAGAGCAAGGAAGAUACCAAAGAAAGCUCAGAAAACAUCUAUGAAUAAGACACUUUUAAAAGGGUUCAGCUGUCUACUUUGCAAGAAUGUGUUAACUCUCCCUGUAACCACUCCUUGCGCUCAUAACUUUUGCAAAGGUUGCCUUGAGCAAGCAUUUAAAGGACAAGCAUUUAUAAAGGAAAGGGAAUGCCAUAAUGGGCGAAAGCUUCGGACAAAGAAGAAUUGUAUGAAAUGCCCAGCUUGCCCACUUGACAUAUCUGAGUUUUUGCAAAAUCCUCAGGUUAAUAGAGAGCUUGAGGAUGCCAUUGGGAAAUUACAAGAGGAGUUUCAUGAAAAAGACAAUAAUGAUGAUAUUGAAGAUGUAAAGGAAGAGGUUAUAAUUAAAGAGGAUAAUGAGAUCGUAAUGUCUAAUGAUGAUGAGAUCCUUUCAAAUGAUAACAAGUUAAACAAGAAAAAGAAAAUUGAUGCUGGGGAGAGCUCAACAAAUAUUAUUGAUGGUAGUAAUUAG